UUUGAUGCCUCAAUUCUCAGACAAACGAUAUAUUUUUAGAAGAAAAGUUUAUUCCAAGACGCUACAUUUUUCAAAGAAGAAAAGUUUAUUCCAAUAUCUCCUCUCUGCUCAAGCGGAUUUACUCUUAAACAAGGCCAAGAAAUAGAAUUUGAUUAGUCACCACUCCGCUCCUAUAAAAUCCGCCCUCCCAGAUCUUGGUCUUACGGUGGAAGAUUUUUUCAGAAAUCUGAAGAAUGGUUGUACAGACUCUGGGGGAUUCGAACCUUGGCGCGGUUUUCCCGAGUUCUAACCUCUGCAAAGACUGGUCGCGGCGGCGCUGUUCAAAAGUAUGGUUCAUGUCGUUAAUCUGCGGCUCGGCGGAGGCCUUCUUCGCUGGACUACUGCCUGUCGCCGUGACGGCGCCGCCGCCGCCUGUUCGUCGGGCGCCGCGAUCGUUUACCACCGGCCGUAGGGUUCGACGGAAAACCACCUCCAAGCUUGGCGGAGAGGGCGAGGCGGAGGAGGGGGUUCCAGAGUGGUUUUGCGGAGGAGAUAAUGGGGUAAUUGAAGGAUCAGGGCUGGGGUUUGGCUUUGGCGGCGGGGAUUAUAGAGGAAGGGGGUGGUCAUAUUGGAGCGGCGGCGGGAGUGGCGGUGGCGGAGGGUGGGAUAAGGAUGAUUCUGGGCGGGGUGAAUGGGGUUUGAAUUUUCUGUAUCAGGCGGCCUGCUGGUUUUCUUUGUCGCAUUGUCUGUAUUUUGCGUUGAAGAAGGUUCUGCGUGUCGUUCACAAUGGAGUCAAUGAUUCUUCUUCAGGGGAGGCUUCGGCACCCUUUGCAUGUUGUUCCUCUGCGAUCAAGCAUUGCACCCAUGGUUUUGGAGAAUGUGUUGAAGCCUGAGUAUUUCCAAUUGACAACCCACAGGGUUUAAAUUUUAAGUUGUACAUAUUAGGUUUUUAGGCAUUCGAUGAAAUUGAUUGGUUGAUCACAAAUUCAAUUCCACGUGAAAGCAAAAAAAUUCUUUAACUACAGACCCAGGAAGCAUUCAAUUCCUCAGAAAGAUUUGGUUACAAGCCUGUUUUUGAGCAAUUUGAGCAUAUGCUGAAGUUCGAUGGAUCUCCAGUUCUUAAUCAUCAGGUAUUGGAUUAGCUCGUAAAUUCUGAACACAUUGGAUGAAACUGACGUGUUCAAUUCCUUGUGAACUCAAAUGCUGGUCUUGAACGCCAGGUUUGGGUAUGUGUUACUCCGAAGAGCUCGUGCAUGCUGCCAUUCCCUUGUCCCUGGUAUGGUUAUUGUUGUGAGUUUUUUCUCCAAAGCUACCUGAUGUAUAGAGAAGCUAGACCUAUUAAAUCUGAUAUCUGUAUAUAUACAUAAUAUUUUUAUUGUAUAUGAUAACUUCACAUCUUAUAUAGUCCUUAAUUCCUAUGUAAGAAAUGCAGCAAUGAAAACCACAUUGUUACAAAUUUGGUAGCAUUCAGUGUUGUUAA